UUGAAGUAGCAAGACCUUGCUAAAACACGUGGUAUAACAUAUAUACAAAAAUCGAUCCCACCAAAUAAAUAAACAAAUCCUCAAAAUUCUAUCUUAUUAUGAUUUUAAAAGAGAAGUGUUACAAUAGAAUAAUAGAGAGAGUUGUACAAAAUACAUAUAAGGAUAAUAAUUAAGCUAUUAGGAAGAAAAAAAAAAAGAAACAAAUAUUAUUAUGUGCCCAACAACCACAAGGUGGUGGUACACGUCAGCUUUCCGGUGGCCGGAGUUCGACUUCUCUUUGUCAUCUUCAGUUUUCCGGUGGCCGGAGGGAUUUGACCUCUCUUACUUGACAAGUGGGUGGAGUUUAGAGAGCUUUCGGUGGUUUGACUUGUCCAUAGUUGAUGAUUUGGUUUGGACUUUCAUCUCACUGGUUGAGUCUUUGGCUUUGUUAUCCAUGCUUUGCUUCUUUUUUGUGUUUUGUGGCUGUACCCUUUGAUCAGGCCAAAUAAGCUUGACGACCUAAUCGAAAGCACAUGCAAACAAACACCCAAUUACAAUCUAUGCAUCUCUUCUCUUCAAUCCGACCCUCGAAGCUCAAAAGCAACAAACGUUGAAGGACUAGGCCUUGUAAUGGUCGAUGUGGUCAAGAGCAAAGCACAAGCAACUCUUGACCGCAUCAACCAAUUACUUAAGCAACAGAAAAGUAGUAGUACUAGUACUGGUACUACUACUAGUACACUGAAGCAAGCAUUGGAUCAGUGUGCUCUCAAUUAUGGCGCCAUUUUGAAUGGCGACAUACCACAAGCCACCGAGGCUUUUACCAAAGGUGACUUCAAAUUUGCGCAACAAGGUAGUGAUGAUGCUGCAAAUGAGGCUAAUUUGUGUGAGAAUGAGUUCACACCAUCUGGCUCUUCUCCUAUUACUCAGAUGAACAAAGAUGUUCAUGAUGUGGCUCUUGUCACUUCCUCCAUGGCUAAGAUGUUAUUAUUUGCUUAUUAGUACUUUAUUUUUAGUUAUGCACUUUGUAUUUUCUUUUUAAUUCGUGCUUAUCUAUUUUGUGUUAUAAUGAAUAAAAUUUAUUAUUUUGGAAUAAUUAAACAAUGAACUGGCCUACCUUUUAAAGAUUGCUCUUUUAACAAA